GCGCGCUUGAUUUUGUGAAGCUUCUACAUGUACUUGCGCAUGCAAGGCAACAUAUGAACCUUGGAAAUUUUAUCGAGUUCAGCCUCGCCAACAUCGCCAGCAAAACUUAAACGACUAUCACACAAAUUCAAGGCUAUUCAUGAUGUUGUGUGCCCUUUCUGGCGAAGCUCCCCAAGAGCCUGUCGUCUCUAAGCUUUCUGGCGCCAUCUUUGAGAAGCGUUUGAUUGAGAAAUACAUCGAGGAGAAUGGAAAGGAUCCAGUGAGCGGCGAAGACCUAACCCUCGACGACCUUCUUCCCGUACGAUCAUCUCGAGUUGUCCGACCCCGACCGCCCACUCUUACCUCUAUACCUUCCUUACUUUCAACCUUCCAAAACGAGUGGGACGCACUCGCGCUGGAAACUUACAAUAUUAGAGAACAGCUGGUGCGGACGCGAGAGGAGCUGGCAACAGCCCUUUACCAACAUGAUGCUGCCGUUCGCGUCAUAGCAAGGUUAACGAAGGAGCGUGACGAGGCCCGGGACGCGCUAUCUAAGGUGACUGUGUCAGCAGGCAGCGCAGGCGAUGGUGACGCUAUGACUCUUGACCCGGAGACUCUACCUGAGGAUCUAGCAGCUAAGGUGGACGAAUUCCAUGCUCGGUUAUCGAAAACUCGGAAAAAGCGAGCUGUCCCUCAAGGAUGGGCAACCGCAGAUGAUGUUGCUUCGUUCGCCGUUACCACUACAAAUUCUCUCCCCGUGCCCCAGGCUACAACGGUUAGCGUCUCGGAGGGAUAUGCUGCUAUCGGUGGAUUAAAAGGCGAUGUAGCAAUCUACUCGAUUGAUUCGGAUACGGUCGAACGUUCAUUGCAAGUUAACGAGCCUGUGACAAGUUCGAUAUGGGAUGGCACUAGGGUCUAUUUUGCUACAUCCAAGGGCUCUGUCAAAGUCUUUGAGAAUGGCAGUGAAAUUGCGUCUUUCUCCGACCAUGCUGGCCCUGUUACAGGCCUUUCGAUUCAUCCUAGCAAAGAAAUUUUAGCAUCCAUUGGUUCGGAUAAAAGCUUUGUCUUCUACGAUUUAGUUAACUUGCGCCGUGUUAGACGCGUGUUCACUAAUUCUGUCUUUACUACUUGCGCAUUCCAUCCUGAUGGCCAUCUCUUUGUUUGUGGCACUAAUUCUGGUGAGAUUACAGCCUACUUUACCACUACAGGACUUGAAGGCGCCUCGUUCACUCUCGGAGCCCCCGUUCAGGCGAUCACCUUCUCCGAGAAUGGCUACUGGUUUGCAGCCACAGGCAAGGGACAGACAACUGUCAGUAUAUUUGACUUGCGCAAGUCAGGUGAUGCUGCGCAGGUUAAGGUUCUUGAUACCGGUAGCGCAGUGCAGAGUCUAGCGUGGGACGAAUCACAGCAGUUCCUCGCAACAGCAGGUCCCUCCGGAGUAACAGUACAAAAUUAUAACAAAUCCGCCAAGUCCUGGUCUGAACCUUUACGGGCAGCUGUCAGCGCAGUCGAUGUUCAGUGGACCGCAAACGCGAACAAGCUGGUGACAAUCAACGGGGAUGGAGUAAUUAGUGUUCUCGCUGCCAAGGAAUAAUGGUCCGGCUAAUGGCGUUCAUAUUCGAGAGCUAUGGGUACAAUGAGGAGAUACGGGAAUCAAGAUCGGAUACCAAAACAAAAUGAGUUUGUUACAGCAGUAAGAUCACAGCUGGUAAUUCAAGCUCUUUCCAUGUACAUUACAAGCAAAACAUCAACAUGAUGAAUCGUGAUACUUCACAGAUUGGAGGUUUCCCAAAUAUUUAAGUACCUGCUAGGUGGUGUGUAUAAAUCAGCUGUUGGUGUCGUCUGUGCGAAAUGUUGGU